AUGAAACCACUUACCACCUGGUGGCACCGGCAGUCAAACUCACAGCCUAACACCAACAUUUCCAAGUGGACGCGGCCGUCACCCAAGCCAAUCGAUGUAGAGCGAGAUUUAAUAGUUUUUCAACAUAUUGAUAUUCAAGAAGGGAAAGGACGACGGCCAACAAUCCAACUCUUUGGCAUCACUCAGGAUGGCCACACUCUUUUGGCCCAUGUACAGGAUUUCAGGCACUAUUUCUAUUUUCCUUCUCCAGAGGGCAUAACGGAUGAUGACUUGAAACCAAUCAAGGAUGCCUUGAAUGAUGCUCUCAAGGCCGAAAACGGCAUUCCCAUUGUCGACGACAUUCAGAGAACAAGAGAGUAUCCGCGUCAGGAUGAGCGAAAGAAAGACUUUCUAAAGAUAUUCUUUCCCAACCCACAGAUCAUGAAGGCUGUUAGAGAUAAAUCUAACAUUCGUCCUGCCGACCGACAUGGAUUUGCGUAUACUUAUUUCCAGCACAUGUGUUUGGCAAAGAAAGACUCCAUUAUAAAGACUUCUUUCGCUCUCCCCAGAAGAUCUAUGAGAGUAAAACAUCAUACACUCGGCGAUUUAUGA